AUGCACACCUCUGCUUCUCCCAGGCCGUGCAAGCGCCAACGUAUGACGAUCACUCCUCCGUCCACCAUCCAUGAUCCGGAGUCAAUGUCCAUUCUCGACCGUGCUACUCGAGUUCUGUCCAUUGAAGCAACUGCCUUGUCUCAUGUCACCAGAUUGUACCAGACAGAUCCACAUGCCAGAGAGGGGCUCCUUGGAGCGGUCGAAUGCAUCACCAAGUCUCAGGCAGAAGGAGGAAAGGUGAUUGUCUGUGGAGUCGGCAAGAGCGGUCUUGUUGGCAGGAAGACAGUCGCAACGCUGAAGAGCUUGAGCAUCGCGGCCAGUUUCAUGCACGCUGCCGAGGCCGCCCAUGGCGAUCUUGGUGACAUCCGAGAGCACGACGUCCUUUUCUUCAUCUCGUACAGCGGCAAGACCCCCGAACUGAUCAACCUUCUCCCUCACCUACCUCGCAAACUCCAGAUUGUCGCUCUUACCUCCCAAUCGAAGGCAUCCGAAUGCCCACUUCUGAAAGAGCACGAGAAUGGCGUCUUACUUCCCGCGCCUCUAUUCGAGUUGGAAGAAGUCUCAUUCGGUGUUUCAGCACCGACAACAUCAACCACGGUACAAAUUGCCAUCGGCGACAUGCUGGCCCUCACCGUGGCCGACCAGUUGCAUGAGAACAAGGGCAAGACAUUCAAGAAGAACCAUCCUGGAGGAGCCAUCGGUGCUGUGACCAAGGCGUCGGCAGAGGCCAUUGCCGACGCUUACCAGCAACCAAUUACAACUCUCGACAUUGUUCCUCUCGAGUUGCCAUCUCCGAGCAUUUCCGCACAGAGCGACAGCUGA